GCCAGUUCGAGCCCCCUGCGUGGCAAGCAGGGGCUCGCAGUCUACCUGCAGAGAAUGCAACAAUCCUUGUUAUUCUACCAUGCCCCCGUCCCAGAAGAGGAGCAUCUCCGCCCCUGGUCUAGCCAGAGCCACGUCCAGGUCCCCAGAUGAGACUGCAUAAAAGACCUGAUCCUGCGGUCUUGCAAACUCUGAUCAAUGGGGGCCGAAUCGUCAACAUCACGCAAAGUGUAAUAUAACAGUAUAAAUGCACCCAUUCUCUCUGAUCGGCAAUGCUGAUCUGCCUCUGCCGUGAACCGGAUCGCCAUGGAUUCAUCUUCGGACGAUCUGCCCCACGACAACUUGCAGGCACAGGCGAUCGGCCUGAUCUUCGGGUUUCCUGCCGCUGCGACGGUCGUGGUGCUGCUGCGUGUCUAUAUCCGGGUCUGGAUGCGGUCAUUUGCUGCUGACGACUGGGUUAUUUGCGCUGCACUGGCGCUGUACUGGGCAGAGACGGUCACUUCAUACUUCACAAUCAAACUGCAAUACAUCGGCUACCAUGUCUGGGACAUCCCAGAAGACUACAAUGCCGUUCUAGCAGGGAAAUAUUCCUACGCAACGGAACUGCUCUACAACCCCAUCCUCGCCCUCAUCAAAGCCUCCAUCCUGCUAUUCCUCCUGCGCCUCACCGGACAGAAGGUCGCCGUCCGUCGCACAAUCUGGGCCAUCAUGGUGCUGAAUGCCGUAGCAGCGGUCGCAACGUUUCUAGUAACCGUCUUCAACUGCGUCCCCAUCGCAUCGAACUGGAAUCCAGCGGCGUAUCCGGAUAAGAAGUGCGUCAACUUUGCAGACUUCGUCACGGGCACGGCCUCUGUGGCUAUCUUUACGGACUUUCUCGUCUUGCUUCUUCCGACGUGGAUCGUGUAUAACCUGCAUAUCGCACGGAAGCAGAAGAUCAUGCUUGUUGGGAUUCUGUCGUUUGGUUUGAUAACCGUCCUGGCGGGAAUAAUCCGCGUCAUCCUGCUUGACAAAUUCGACCGCAACAUCCCGCCCGACUCCAGCUACAGCGUGCUCUUCUGCAUCUCCACAAUCGAAGUCGGACUCGCCUUUGUGGCUGCCUGUGCGCCAGCCCUGAAACCACUCUUCGUGCGCCUCGUCCCCAGACUAUUCAGCUCGGCUAGUCACACUGGUCAGUAUAACCGUCCUGCUGGGCGCUAUGGAUAUGCGUAUGAUCUUGACCAUGUAUCCAAGUCGCGGAAGACGCAGGGGGGGAAUACGACGUCUGUGCUGGGGGGAGAUGAGGAUGUUCCUGCGCCUUGUGGGAGUCAGAGUGUGUCGAAGAGGAAGAAUGGGAUUAUGAUGACGACUGAGACUGAAGUAAGGUGGGAGGAUUCGCCUGGGACGGUGGAUGGGACGGUGAAUGAUAGUAGUACGGAGAGUCUAGUGCAGCUCGGAGGUAGAUGAUAUACAAUACUACAGAUAUCAUAGCUACAGAAGGAAAAAAACGUAGACUGCUGCAUGAAUAGCGAAUAGAGAAUGUAU